CCAUUUGGACAUCUCAGUGGGAUCUUCAAAAUUUUAAGAGAAUAACAUUUUCUUUUUUAUUUUUAUGUUUAUUUAUUUAUUUUGAGAGAGAACACACACCUGCAUGAGCAGAGAAAGGGCAGAAAGAGAGAGAGAAUGAACCCAAGCAGGCUCUACACUGUCAGCAUGGAGCCUGACCCAAGGUUCAACUCCACAGACUGUGAGAUCAUGACCUGAGCCAAUACCAAGAGUCAGACUCUCAACUGAGAACCACCCAGGUGCCUCCAGAGUAUAACAUUUUCAAAACUUUUCAAAAAUAUAACUUUUCAGGGCAUCUAGGUGACUCAGUCGGUUAAGUAUCUGACUUGGUAUUGGCUCAGGUCAUGAUCUCACAGUUGUCAGAUUGAGUUCCACAUUGGGCUCCAGGCUGAGUGUGGAACCUGCUUGGGAUUCUCUCUCUCCCUCUGCCUCUGCCCUUACCCUGCUUGCACGUGCGUGUAUGCGCUCUCUCCCUCUCCCCGUCUCUCUCUCAAAUAAAUAAACUGAAAAAAAAAGUUAUAACUUUUCAGAAGUUUAAUAUGACUCUUUCAUAAAUAUAUGAUAAACACAUUUGAAGGAUUUAUUUAGUUCAUUAUUUGGGAGAAAUGGAGUUCAUAUUGUCAUGGAAAGAAAGAAUGCAGGAAUAACAUCACUAACUGGGAUAUAAAAACUAGUUAUUGUCCUACAGGAUAAUAAAUCUGUAACCUUCAGGCUGUCUUUUAACCAAACACAUCAUUUGCAAUCUGUUGUUCCUAGCAAUUUUUUGUUUUUUGUUCAGUUACUUUCUAAAUUUUUAAAACACGCUGUAUUGCUAUUGUGAGCGUGUACAAUUUUCUAAUUAGUAUUGUUGGUGCAGAGAAAUACUAUUAGUUUUUCUUUAACAUGUGAAAAUGAAUUUAAUUUUAUUAGUUAUCAGGGAAAUGCAAAUUAAAACUGCAGUAGGAUACCAUUAUGACACCUGCAACAUGGACAAACAUUUAAGUCUGAAGAUGAAUAGAUGAGAAUGUGGAGCAGUAUGCAGCCUCAAGCUGCUUGUAGGAUAUAAAUUUUUCAACUGCUUUCCCCACCCCUUUCUUCUUAAAUUUUAUUGUGAUAAGAUCACUUAACAUGAGAUCUACCCUCUUAACAGAUCUUUAAGUGUAUAGUAUAGUAUUGUUAACUAUAGGCACAGCAUUAUAUAGUAGAUCUCUAGAACUUAUUUGCCUUGCAUCGUUAAAACUUUAUACUUGUUGAUUAACAACUGCUCAUUUCCCUCUCAGCCCAGCCCCUGGCAACCACCAUUCUACUCUUUGCUUCUAUGAGUUUUGCUCUUUUUAGAUACCUCAUAUAAGUCAAAUAAUGCAGUAUUUGUCCUGUGACUGCCUUAUUUCAUGUAGCAUAGUGUCUUCAAGGUUCAUCCAUGUUGUCACAUAUGGCAAGAUUUCCUUCUUUUUAAGGCUGAAUAAUAUUCCAUUGUACAUAUAUGCCACAUUUUCUUUAUCCACUCAUCUAUCUAUGGAUUUAGGUUGUUUUCAUCUUGACUAUUAUGAGUAGUGCUGCAAUGAACACAUGAGUGCUAAUAUCUCUUCAAGAUCUUGAUUUCAAUUCUUUUGGAUAAAUACCCAGAAGUGGGAUUGAUGGAUCAUAUGAUAGUUUUAUUUUUAAUUUUUUGAAGAACCUCCAUACUGUUUUCCAUAGUGGCUACACUAUUUUGCAUUCCCACCAGUAGUGUACAAGAGUUCCAAUUUCUUAGCAUCUUCACCAACAGUUACUUGCCCCCCCCUUUUUUUUAAUGACAGCUGUCCUAACCGUAAUAGGUAAUGUUUCAUCAUGGUUUUGAUUUAUGUUUCUGUAAUGAUUAGCGAUAUUGAGCAUCUUUCAUUCACUUCUUGGCUAUUUGUAUGGUUUCUUUGGAGAAACUUCUAUUCACGUUCUUAUUUAUUUACUUACUUAAUUUUUAAAGUUUAUUUAUCUUGAGAGAGAGAAAGUGAGCAAGUCAGGGGUGGGCAGAGAGGGAGAUAGGGAAUCCCAGGCAGGCUCUGCACUGUCAGAGCAUAGCCAAAUGCGUGGCUCGAACUCAUGAACCAUGAGAUCAUGACCUGAGCUGAAAUUGGAUGCUUAGCCAGCUGAGCCACCCAGGCACCCUACUAAUUUUUUAAAUUAGGUUAUUAGGUUUUAUUCCUACCUUUUUAGACAUUAACCCCUUAUCAUAUAUAUGGUUGGCAAAUGUUUUCUCCCAUUCCAUAGAUUGUCUUUUCAUUCUGUUGAUUCUUUGCUAUGUGUAAGAUUUUAAAUUUGAUGUAGUCCUAGUCCUGUAUGUCUAUUUUUGCUUUUGUUACCUGUGCUUUUGAUGCCAUAUUCGGAAAUCAUCACUAAGACCGGUGUCAUGAAACUUUUCCCCUAUGUGUUCUUGUAGAAGUUUUACAAUGUCAGGUCUUAUAUUUAAGUCUUUAAUACAUUUUGAGUUGAUUUUUCUGUAUGAUAUAAGGUAAGAGUCCAGUUUCUUUUUUUUGCAUGUGGAUGUUCCAUUUUCCCAUCAUCAUUCUUUUUAAGCUUAUUUUGAGAGAGACAGAGUAUAAGUGGGAGAGAGGCAGAGAGAGAGGGAGACAGAGAAUCCCAAGCAGGCUCCACACUGUCAGCACAGAGCUGGACAUGGGGCUCAAACUCAUGAAACCUUGAGAUCAUGACCUGAGCCAAAACCAAGAGUCAUAUGCUUAACUGACUGAGCCAGCAGGUGCUUCUCCCAUCAUCAUUUGUUAAGACUUACCCUUCUCUGUUAUGUAGUCUUGCACAUUUGUUAUAUAUUAAUUGUGUAUACGUGAAUUUAUUCUGUUCUGUUGGCUAUAUGAAUGUCUUUGUGCCGGUACCGUACUGUUUUAACUGCUGCAGCUCUAUAAUCUAUUUUGGAAUCAGGAAAUGUGUUGCCUCCAGCUUUGUUGUACUGUCUAAAGAUUAUUUUGGCUCAUUGAAUGGUUUGUUCUAUUACUAUAGAAAAUGCCAUUGGGAUUUUUACAGGGAUUUCAUUGAAUCUGUAGAUAAUUUGGGGAGUAUGGACAUUUUUACAGUAUUUUCCCAAUCCAUGAACACAGAAUAUCUUAACAUUGAUCUUGUGUAUCUUUAAUUUCUUCCAUCAGUGUUUCACAGUUUUCAGUGUACAAGUCUCUCACCUCCUUAGUUAAGUGUGUUCCUAAGUAUAUUAGUCCUUUUAAUCUAUUAUAAAUAGUAUUGUUUUUCUAAUUUCCUUUUCAGAAUAUUGUUAAAGAAACACAGCUCAUUUUUCCUGCAACUCAUUUCCUGCAACUGCAAACUGAAAACCUAAUUUGUUUAUUAAUUCUAACAGUUUUUAUGUGGAGUCUUCAUAGAGUUUUCUAUAUGCCGGAUAUAGAAGUGGCAAGAGCGGGCAUCUUUGCCUUCAUGAUCUUAGAGGAAAAGCAUUCAGUUUUUCAUCACUGAAUAUAAUAUUAGAUCUGGAAUCCAUGUGUGAGACCAAGAUAUUAUCUCUAAAGAAGAGACAUUUUAGUCAAGUAAUAUUUACCCAUGAAGACAUGCCCACUUUUAUUCAGCCCACAUUCCUCACUCCACAUCAAAAAACUGUUAAUGAAGAGAAACCCUGUGAAUGUAAGAUAUGUGGAAAGGCCUUUAAUCAGAACUCACAAUUUAUUCAACAUCAGAGAACUCAUUCUGCUGAAAAAAACUACAAAUGUAAAGAGUGUGGGAAAUCCUUUAGUCGUGGCUCGCUUGUUACUCGACAUCAGAGGAUUCAUACUGGUGAAAAACCCUAUGAAUGUAAGGAAUGUGGCAAGGCUUUUAGUUGUAGUUCAUAUUUUUCUCAACAUCAGAGGAUUCACACUGGUGAGAAACCCUAUGAAUGUAAGGAAUGUGGAAAAGCCUUUAAUUAUUGCUCAAACCUCAACGAUCAUCAGAGAAUUCACACUGGUGAGAAACCCUAUGAAUGUAAAGUAUGUGGAAAAGCCUUUACUAAGAGUUCACAGCUCUUUCCACAUCUGAGAAUUCAUACUGGUGAGAAACCUUAUGAAUGUAAAGAAUGUGGGAAAGCCUUUACUCAACACUCAAGGCUUAUUCAACAUCAGAGAAUACAUACUGGUGAGAAACCUUAUGAAUGUAAGGAAUGUGGGAAGGCCUUUAGUAGUGCCUCAACACUUACUAACCAUCACAGAAUUCAUGCAGGCAAGAAACUCUAUGAAUGUAAGGAAUGUGGAAAGGCCUUUAUUCAGAGCUCAGAACUUAUUCAACAUCAGAGAAUCCAUACAGAUGAAAAACCUUAUGAAUGUAAUGAAUGUGGGAAGGCCUUUAAUAAAGGUUCAAACCUUACUAGACAUCAAAGAAUUCACACUGGUGAGAAACCCUUUGACUGUAAGGAAUGCGGAAAGGCCUUUGGUAGUCGUUCUGACCUUAUUCGCCAUGAAGGAAUUCAUACUGGGUGAAAGAUAAGCUCUGUUCAUAAUCUUUAUAAUAAGAUCUUAAAAAUAGGUAAUGGAAAAAAAAAUAAAGCAGUGUAAUAGUUUUUUGAGCUACUAUAACAAUAUCAAGUACCUCAAAAUUGGGUGACUUAAAACAACAUAAAUGUAUUCUCUCACAGUUUUGGAGCUUUGAAAUCCAAAAUUAAAGUUGUUGGUAAGGUUGGUUCCUUCUGAGGACUUUGAAGAAGAAUCUGUUCCAUGUCCCUCUCCUGCCUUCUGAUAACAACAAUCUUUGACAUUCCUUGUCGUGUAAUGCAUCACUCCAGUCUCUGCCUCCAUCUUCACAUUGCAUUCUCCCUAUGUAUAUCGGUCUCUGUCUUGUUUAAGAGGAGACUCAUACAGGACAUGAGUCCUAUUGGAUUAGGGCACACCCCGAUGACCUUAUCUUAACUGAUUACAUCUGCAAAGACCUUAUUUCCAUGUAGGAUCACAUUCACAAGUGCCAGGGGUUAGGGCUUCAACAUAGUUUAACCCAUAACACUGUUAACAUUGUUUUUCUAACAUAUUUGUAAUUUUCUUUUAUACAUAACUUGUUAAAUGUAUUCUAAAAUGUAAAUUCAAGGUUUAAAUUAUACCUGCCUUCCCUCCAAAAAAGAUUCUGUCCCAAAGUACUUCUUAAAUAAUUCUUUCCUCCCCAUUGUUUUAUUUUGUUUCUUGGUUAUACAUUUGUGUUUAUAUUGGCUUCAUUUUAGAGCCAUCUUUUCUAUUGCUCUGACCUAUAGAUCUGGUACUACCAGUACUACACUGUAAGUCCUGUUAAUAGGCUAUCUUUUAAUUCCUGGCAAAAUUAUAACUUUGUUUUUGAAGGCAGCUCUGUUCUUUUUCCCUUUGGUAACACUCAUAUUUUCAUGUUGUAAAAAACACACAAAGGAAAUAAAUAGAUUAUCUGUAAGCCUUCCAAACAGAAAUUACUACUUUCAUAUUAUUACAACAUAUCCUUCCAGGCUUUCUUAGUGUAAUCUGAUGUGCAUGCCGUACCAUAACCUGCUUCUAUCAUGCUACUGUUUCAGUAAGUAUAAAUAUUUAUUUAUCAUUAUUUUUAAUGGUAUCAUAAUAUUUUCUAUGGUAGAUUAUCAUUUUGCUAAAUACUACUGACAUACUUAAUGGUGCUCACUGAAAUUUUACAGUUAUAAAAAUUGCCUUUUAAAUACAAAUUUAGUGCUAUCUUAUUUUGUUUUGUUUUCUUUAAAAACAUUAUGUUUCAGUAUCAAAAUAACUGAUCAGUAUUUCUCCUUGUAAACCAUAUCCCUCAUUGUAACCACUGAUACCAAUUUGUCUUUUAAUCUUCCAGACCUUUUUUUAAAAACUAUAUUUGUUUAUAAAUAUGUGCACACACAACCAAAUACCUAAAUAUUUCAAUACUUGUAGAAAAGUUAGUGCUGCUUUGUAAUUUUAUAUGUGUGUGAAUAUACAUACACAUAUACACACACACUAAUGUGUGUGUUGGAUUGCUGCAAGGAUUAAAUGAGUUAAGAGAUGUAAAAUGGGUGGGAUUGUUACUAACAUAUAGUAACUAUCUAGCAAAUGCUAUUUUAAUACUAGUAUCGAUAUCUUCACCAUUAUUAUUAUCAUUUGUAGAAAGGAUGUUAACCAUGUAAUACACCUUAAUUGACAUCAAAGAAUUCAUAAUGAGAAAGACCAGUGGGUGUAAUGUUUGGUGAAAAGCUUCACACCAACAUUUAUUCUUUAUUCAGCAUGAAGUUUAAAAAGGAAAAGGGGUGCCUGGGUGGCUCAGUCAGUUGGGCGUCUGACUCUUCAUUUCAUCUCCGGUCAUGAUCCCAGGGUUUUGGGGUCAGGCCCCACAUCAAGUCUGAGCUGAGUAUGGAGCCUGCUUAGGAUUCUUUCUCUCUGUCUCUGCCCCCCUCCCCUGCUUGUGUGCUCUCUCUCUCUCUCUCUCUCUCUCUCUCUCUCUCUCAAACAACAACAACAACAACAAAAAAUAGUGGGGGUGCCUGGGUGGCUCAGUCAGUUAAGCAUCUGACUCUUGGUUUAAGCUCAGAUCAUGAUCUCACACAGUUCAUGGGAUCUAUUCUGCAUCUGUGCACUUUCAGCACAGGGCCUGCUUGGGAUUCUCUUCCUCUCUGCCCCUCCCCUGCAGACUCUCUCUCAAAACAAACAAACAAACAAACAACUAUUAAAAAAGGGAAAAAAAAUGUAUAAAAGUCAAGAAAGAAAAAGAAUGAUUAAGACUACAUUCACACCUGUAUUUCAUGCUGCACGAUAAUUUUAUGCCCAUCAAAAACUAUUUACAUAUUGAGAAUAACAAUUCAUUUAUCAAAAAAGCAGAGAAAACAUGAAAUAUUUACUCAAUCACUUUCCCUCCAAAGUAGAACAUAUGUAGGUCACAUUCUUUUUCAAAAUGGGAAAAAUGAAAAUAUGAUAGCCAACCAUAUCUGAAUAUUGAUAAUACCCUUCCAAGUAACAUGAAUCAGAAGUAAAUCAAUCCCUGAAUAUAUUUAAAUGAAUGAGAAUGAACACAUUACAUAGAAAAACCUGAAAGCAGCUAAAUCUAUAUUCAAAUAAUAUAUAGCCCAUAGGCAUGCUGAUUUUUUUUUCAAGUUUUUAUUUAAAUUCCAGUUAACAUACAGUGUAAUAUUAGUUUCAGGUGUAAAAUUUAGUAAUUCAUUACUCAUAACACCCAGUACUCAUCACAAGUGCCCUCCUUAGUACCUAUCACCCAUUUAUUUAAUCCAUCUCUCUGCCCACCUUCCCUCCAGUACCCUUAGUUUGGUCUCUAUAGUUAAGAGUCUGUUUUCUGGUUUUAGGCAUGCUGAUGUUUAAAUAGCAAGAGAUUAUUAAUAAAUGAACUAAAUGUACAAGACUAAAAGCAAGAAUAACAGCAAGCUACAUUCAAAUAUAGAAAAGAUACUAGUAAAAAUAAAAAUAAUUCAAGGAAAAUAAAAUUCUUU